GGGCGGCCCCGCAAGAUGGCGGCGCCGCGCCACGUCCGCACCCGGAAAUAUCGUCACGGGGGGGCGGGGCGGUGGCUCCUCCCCGCCGCCAGGGGGCGCGCGCGCCCCAGGGCCGCUCUGGCCAGCCGGAGGGGUAGGGUUGCCAUGGCGACGGCAGCGGCGCGGAGGGACACGGGGAGGGCGGAGCCCCGCCCGGUGGAGAACCAGCUGUACGACGAGAGCCUGGAGCUGCCCGAGGCCGAGCCCGGGGCCCGCUCGCCACGGGCGGGGGGCGCGGGCCGCCCGCGGGGCUCCCGCCGGCCCACGGUGUCCGGCGGCGCCGCCGAGCGCAGGAGCAGCGAGCGGGGCGGCAGCGGGAAGGAGGAGCCAGUGGCCCACCCCGCCACCCUCAGCGAGGACGACGACGAGGACGAUGAGGACUCGGAGGAGGAUUCGUCGGAGAGCGACUCGGAGGAUGACUCGGAGGAGCAGGGGGCUGCGCUGGAGGGUGACUUCAAUCCAGCAGAUUUUGACUACCUGCAAGUGUCUUCUGAAAUCAAAGACCUCUUUGAAUACAUCAAGAGGUACACUCCCAAAACAGUAGAGAUUGAGCACAAGCUGCAGCCUUUUAUUCCAGACUUUAUUCCUGCUGUUGGGGAUAUUGAUGCAUUCCUAAAGGUUCCCCGUCCUGACUGGAAGCCUGACAACCUUGGCCUGCUGGUCCUGGAUGAGCCCUCGACCAAGCAGUCAGAUCCCACCGUGCUCUCUCUUUGGCUGACAGAGAACUCCAAGCAGCACAACAUCACACAGCAGAUAAAAGUGAAGAGUUUGGAGAAUGCAGAGAAGAACCCCAAAGCCAUUGACAGCUGGAUUGAAAGUAUCAGUGAACUGCACCGCUGCAAACCUCCUGCCACAGUCCAUUACUCCAGGCCAAUGCCUGACAUUGAGACCCUGAUGCAGGAAUGGUCACCGGAAUUUGAGGAGCUCUUGGGAAAGGUGGGCCUCCCGACCGCGGAGACGAGCUGUGACCUCGCUGAAUACAUCGACAUGAUCUGCGCCAUUCUGGACAUCCCCGUGUACAAGAGCCGGAUCCAGCCUCUGCAUGUCCUCUUCUCCCUCUUCUCAGAGUUCAAGAACUCGCAGCACUUCAAGCCCCUGGCUGAUGGGCAGAAAGGCAGGAGCCCACCAUCCAACCCACCCUCACAAGCGGCAGAGGCAGAGGUGGUGAGCUUUACCUGAAGCUUCACAUUAAACCCUCAUCUCCUGGAUCACUGUCUGCUGCUGGACACUAAGGUGUGCCCAGAGCAGGCUGUGAAAUGUCACACACCACAUCAAAAGCCUCCUUGGUCUUGGAGACAUUGCUAGGCUGUUCUGUGUUUGGAGAGUAGGACUUGACUCAUCAUUUUUGUUGCAGAAGCUGCCUAAUGGCUGUUUUUGACUUGUUCCCAAGGAGUUCAGCAUUAAACCAGCCUUUCAAAGUG